UUUUCACUUCAGUUAACGGUCUCAAAUACAAUAGUAUACUCUUCUUUUUAUUCUCAUUCUACUAGACACAUGAGCAACAGCGUCGAUUGGGUUUAUGCAUCUGGCUCAACUUGGGUAUCCUUUGAUCCAAUGGCUCAACAGAUGUUGGAACAUCUUUGGAGAAAAGAGUACGCUGCCACUUGGAUCGCCAGUCAAUCAUUCAGAGGACCUGUGUUUGUUGAUAUAACAGAAAUGACAGCUCUUUAUGGAUCCUAUGCUUACACUAUCGCAAGAAGGAAAUGCUGAAGAUGAUUGAUAAUUUGUACCAUGCAAAUACAAAUUUGUCAGAAUGCAAAAACAAGUGACAUAGUAGCGCAACAGUAGCAAGGGAGCCGUUCAUCUGAACCUUAGAGAAAACGACCUACAGAAUGAAUGUCUGGUGCUACAUAGCUACAAUAACUUAAACUGAAUGACAUAGUAUAUACGUGCUGCUUAUUUAGCAUGAAGUAGAG